AUGAUUAAUGUCUGGUACGAGCCGCCACGCAGCACACCGGUAGACACGGUAACCAGACAGGGACAACAGCAGUCCGGGGAGGCUGCCAGAGACAGACGCCCGCUCCUUACACCAGAUGAGCCGGUAGUGAAGCCCGUGGUGAGCGUGUACCCAGCAGCAUCCAGAGCCCACCUGGAGGGGAAGAGCUCCCUGCUGUGUCUGGCCUCAGCCAUGUUUCCUCCUCUGGUCCAGUUCUCCUGGAAAAGACGAAAGGACAACGGUCCUCUGGAGGAGCUGCCCCCUGCUGAGGGAGAGCAGCUGGAGCUCAGAGAGUCGGGACGCACCGCCGGCAUCUUGCUGAUCCGUCAGCCAGAGAACACGUAUAAAUACCGCUGCUACGUCCACCACGAGGGGGGCACAGUGGAGGCCCCAGCAGAACAAGAGGUUCCAGCUCCAGCAGCCUCCUGUCCUCCAGAGAGAGAGCCAGCACACCUGCCAGCUCUGCAGCAAGCUGACUUGUCCUUCCAGUCUCAGUGCAAGGUGAAGCUGCUCUGUGUGCUGUACACAGUGCUGAUAGUGAAGAGUCUGGUGUACUGCUGUGGACUCUCUCUGCUGAUGAUCCUCAGAAACAAGGGACCGUCCACCAACUGCACACAUGCUGACUGACUGGCCUUUUCUCACCAUCAAACCUCAUCAAUUCAUCUCAUUCAUCACUUUGAUCACUAUUCACAAAUAUCAAUGAUGACGUUGAGGCGACCCCUGCUGUCGUCUAUAUAGUAGGGUUCCUGUUAACCUGCCAUUAGGGCCUUCUGGGAACACCUGGGCCCAGUGUUCCCAGCCUAUAAAGCCUAGGCUCAUGACUCAUUCUCUCUCUCUCUUUCCCCGCAGACACCAUCGCUGGGCAUGUGGCGGCCUUAGGUUCUCCUCGGUUAAUCUUUUGCUUGUUUUAUACAUUUUACAACAUGCACACACCAUUUAUAUUCUCAAUGCACACCUUACACUACUGAUACUACUGAUAUUCACACUCCAUACCUUUUGAUCCUUUUGUUCUGCAUAAUUUACUCUACUUUUGUUAAAUAGAUUAAUUGAUUUAAUCGUCACCACGGUGUGUCUUCCUAUUUGUCAUGGCCUUGAGAGCCAGGUUGUGACAAGUUGGGGGCUCGUCCGGGAUUUGAACCCGGGACCUCUCGCACGUUUUAAAAUAUUUGUAUGCAGGUUAGAUACUGUCAUCCUAAAAAUAUAAAUACACACACACACACACACACACACACAAACACACACACAUAUAUAUUUGCAGUUACUCGGUGUAAAUUCUGUGUAGUGUUAUUUUGAUGCUGUUUAUUAAUUGUGACUUGUAUAAUAAUAGAACAUUAAGAUGAAUCAUUAGCUGUCUGGUAGAUAUUUGAUUGUUUACAGUGUUUUUCUGUUCUUGUGUUUCUUUUUAAUACAUUAUACAGAGUCAGAUUUGUCAAAUUCAUUCAGUGUAACAUUCUCAAUAAAGUUU